GUUUCCCUGCCGCAUCCAUUUUUGUGCAUUCAAGAAAUCUCUUGGAGUUAGCAGCAGCAGCAGCAGGAGGGAAUCGCGGGGAAGUCCGCCGACACCCGCAAUAAGGAUCGCGGCAGCGGCGGCAGCCAUGGGUUAGACUACAUUCACCAUGAUUGCGAAAUAAAAGCAUCCACACCUGAAGAUGUCAGCUUUGGGGGCCCCUGCGGCUCCCGCUCCGCCGGACCUGAGCCACCUCACCGAGGAGGAGAGGAGGAUCAUCCUCUCGGUCAUGGAGCGGCAGAAGACAGAGGAGGAGAAAGAGCAGUCCAUGCUGAAGAAGCUGCACCAGCAGUUUGAGAUGUACAAGGACCAGGUGAAGAAGAUCGGAGAGGAGGCUCCGAAGAACCCGGAGCAGAAGGGAGACUCGCCCACCUGUGGGAUCUGCCACAAAACCAAGUUUGCCGACGGCUGCGGCCAUGUCUGUUCUUAUUGCCAAACCAAGUUCUGCGCGCGCUGUGGAGGACGCGUCUCCCUCCGCUCCAAUAAAGUAAUGUGGGUAUGCAACCUGUGCCGAAAACAACAAGAAAUCCUCACCAAGUCGGGAGCGUGGUUCUACAGCAGUCCUGAGGGCUCCAGAUCAGGGCCCCAAGCCAAAAUAAGGGGAGGCCCAGUCGGAGCAAACCAGGACCCUCUCAGAAACGGUUCAGGGAUCCCAGGCAGAAACAGAAGCCCAUCAGCAUCCAGGGACCCCAACGCGGCAUAUAACCAAAGGGAGGGGGAAGGAGGACUGCAGUAUGCCCCGGCUGAAGGAGGCAUGCCCCGCUCUCCGUCCGACUACGGACGUGACCCUGGCCAUUCGCCAAGGAGUUCAAGAAUGUAUAAUGAGGUGGGCGGUUAUCAAGACAGCCGAGGACGCUGGCACUCGCAAGGCCAGCGUUUGGACGGCCAGCUAGAGGACUAUGAACUCCAAAGACGCCGUGAGGAGGAAUACCAGGCCCGAUACCGCAGCGACCCCAACCUGGCGCGCUACCCAGUCAAACCCCAGCCCUACGAGGAGCAGAUGCGCAUCCAUGCCCAGGUGUCACGUGCUCGGCACGAGCGGCGUCAUAGUGACGUCUCGCUCGCCUAUACAGAACUUGACGAACCUCUGCAUGGGCCCGGUGGGCGGCAGUCGCGCCUCCCUCUGUUGGGAGGCCCAAGUCAACGCUCGUACUCCAUGGACAGGAGCUCACCGGGACAUCGGAUGUCGAAUCAUAGCCCACCAACACCACACCGCAGCCCCGUGCUGGGCGAUAGCCGGCGAGGACUGGUGGAGCCAACGAGGAAACCCAUACCCCAACAGCACCACUUGGACCCUAGCUCAGCCAUGCGCAGGAACAGUCGGGACAAAAUGGAUAGCAUGCUACGAAACGAUUCUCUAAGCUCGGACCAAUCCGAGUCGGUUCGGCCUCCUCCACCUCGACCGCACCGCAGCAAACGCCUUGGCAAGCUCAGAACCAUGGGCAGCUUCAGCAGCUCAGAAGAGGAGCUGGCAACCACGCCAGAGUACACCAGCUGUGAGGAUGUGGAGCUGGAGAGUGAGUCCUUCAGCGAAAAAGGCAACAUUCAAAGGGGAAAAAGAAAAACAAAUGAGCAGACAUAUUUUUUGGACGCCAGUUAUGCCCCGUCUGAGAGGCAAAAGACAGUGGUGCGAUUUUUGGAGCGCUCCCACGACGAAGAUGCGGAGUGGUGCGAGCCGCAGGUCAAAGAUUCAGGGGUUGACACGUGCAGUAGCACCACGCUAAACGAGGAGCAUAGCCAUAGCGACAAGCACCCGGUGACAUGGCAACCAUCCAAAGAUGGAGAGCGCCUAAUAGGGCGGAUAGUGCUAAACAAGCGGAUGAAAGAUGGCACGGUGCCCAGAGACACGGGGACACUGCUGGGCCUCAAGGUGGUGGGAGGGAAGAUGACAGAGUCUGGCAGACUUUGUGCUUUCAUUACAAAGGUGAAGAGAGGAAGUCUAGCAGACACUGUUGGCCAUCUCCGACCAGGUGAUCAGGUCCUGGAGUGGAACGGGAGGGUCUUACAGGGAGCCACAUUCAAGGAAGUUUACAAUAUCAUUCUAGAAUCCAAGCCAGAGCCGCAGGUGGAGCUGGUGGUCUCGCGGCCCAUCGGAGAUGUCCCUAGAAUACCAGAGAGCACACAUGGACAACUUGAAUCAAGUUCAAGUUCCUUUGAAUCCCAAAAGAUGGGUCCGUCCAUCUCUGUCACGUCCCCCAUGAGUCCUGGCAUGCUCCGGGACAACCCUCCGUAUCUGUCCGGACAGCUCUCAGUGAGUCCCAGCGUCUGUCUGCACAUGUGCCUGAUCUCUGGACUUCUUCUUCUUUUCUUUGGCCGCUCGUCUCAGGGCUUCACUGAUGAAAUGCCGCGCUAGCUUUGAGGUUUAGCGAUUAUUUCACAUGUCUUCAGGGAGUUUUUGGCAGUGUUCACUGUUCAUUUACACAGAACGUAUCAUGGCUCAUAUCAAAAGGCCAAGUGGUUCUAGGAGAUACGAUGACGUAAGACCUUAAAAGAGCGUGUGCAGAGUUGACAAAUGGACACGGACUACUAUUUUAACAUUAAGAAUCUAAGUUAUAAUUUACACUGC